ACAGGCAGGUACUGUGCAGUGUGUCUGCAUUUCCUGGAAGAGAUGACAUCAGAGGGUCGCCUACAGAGAUCUGCCUUCCUACACUUAUAUAGAUGAGCCUUUGGUUUCAGCUCCCUUGUAAUGUGGAAGAAGAACAAAACCAGUCACUGUUUACUGUGGAUUUGCAUUAAACCACAUUCGGGUUUAAUAUGAAGCCUGUCAUCAUUCUUCUUCUGCUGGCAGUAUUAGAUGUAACUGAUUCACAAUCCAUUCGGAGUCGUCAGAAACGGGCUUGGAUCAUUGAUUCAUUAACCAUUGAGGAGGAAAACCCAGGUCCUUUUCCUUAUUCCUUGGGAACGAUCGAAUUGGAAAGUGAAUACCGAAUGUUAUUCACAUUACAUGGUAGCGGGGUAGACGAAGACCCAAAAGGCAUCCUUCAAAUUAAUCCAUCUACGGGAGAGAUUAGAGUGCUUGGAAAGGUAGACUAUGAGAAAUACCACAAACUGAAGUUACAAUUUGAAGCCAAAAACGCUUCCACUGGCAUUUUGGAUACACGGCUUGGAGUUGAGAUCAAUAUUUUGGACAUAAAUGAUCACCCACCAACCUUUCAAAACACAUUGUAUGAAACUACAGUUAAAGAAUCAACAUAUCAGGGUAAUUCUCUCAUUAUUGUGUCAGCAACAGAUCUGGACAAACCAGACACAACAAAUUCAACAUUUUCUUAUAGGAUUGCUUCAGUGUCCCCUAUGACAAAGGAUGUAGAGUUCACUAUUAAUGAAAAAGGCACGGUUUCAUUCAAAGGAUGUUUGGACUAUGAGCAAACAGAGAAAUACACCAUCAUCGUAGAAGCUAAAGACCAUGGCGAGAAAGUAAAGCUCUCAAGUUCCACAACUGUUCUGUUAACUGUGCAAGAUGUUAAUGACAAUCUACCAAUUUUUCUUAGUCCAAAACUGACUGUCAAAGUGAAGGAGAGGUAUGAAGGAGUGACAGCUCUCAGAAUAAAGGUAAAUGACAAAGACAAAAAGUCAACUUCUGCCUGGAACGCAAAAUACAUCAUUGAAGAUGACAAAGACGGAAACUUUCAGAUAACUACAGACCCAGAGACUAAUGAUGGAAUCUUGACUGUUGUAAAGCCACUGGACUUUGAAAAAUGUAAUGGGAGGAACUUAUCUGUAACAGUGAUGAAUGAAGAGGACUAUUCUUCAUGUACUGUGAAGAAACAAAACCCCACAGGGCGUUGGAAUGUGGAAAUGAAACAUUAUGAUGCCAGUAAGAGACACCUGCUGGUACUGAUGAAACAGACAGUGGAAGUCAUUCUAGAAGAUGUCAAUGACCCCCCGGAAUUCACACCAACAAUUAAAAAUAUUUAUAUUGCCGAAAACACAGAAACAGGCCAUGAACUGGAGACAAUGACUGCGGUGGACCUGGAUGAUAAAUUUGCUGGUGAAUUUGUGUAUGAGAUAGGAAACGACCCAGCAGGAUGGGUAACUGUGGAUCCAAAAAAUGGUGUAAUUAAAACAAUAAAAAAAGUGGAUAGAGAAUCCUCACAUGUGGUGAAUAACACAUACACAGUACUUAUACAUGCAGUUGAUAAAGGAAUCCCCCCCAUGACAGGCACUGGGACUCUCAUUAUCCACAUACGAGACGAGAACGACAAUGUUCCUUUUCUGCGUAAAACCAACAUUGACAUGUGCUCAGGGGCAGGAGCGACCAACAUCACUCCAUAUGACCUGGAUGAAGAUCCCUUUUCUGGGCCCUUCCGGUUCCAAUUGGUGAAUGAGAAGGAUCUUGAAGGAAAAUGGAGACUAGAUCCUACUUACGGGCACUCUGUCGAUCUCAUCAAGGAAAGUGAUGUUUUCAGUGGCGUGUAUGAAGUGUCUUUGAAAAUCUUUGACAAGCAGGAGCAGUAUUCUAUCCAGAACCUCACUGUGACAGUGUGUGACUGUGUCAGUUCAGGACCAGCAAACUGCAGAUUCCGGAAAUCCCCUGCUACACAGAUGGGUGGCAGUGCCAUAGGGAUCAUAUUUGCAUCCUUAUUUCUUCUACUGGGGUUAUUACUUUUGGGUUUUCUAACAUGUGGGGUGAAGAAAUCAUUCAUGAUCUUAGAUGAUGAUUCAACAAAUACUUUCAUAAAAUCUAACAUCGAAACACCAGGGACUGACUGCACGGUUCCAAAUACAGCACAGAAAUUCCAAAUGACUGAAGCAGAUGCUACAAAUAAUCAGCAUGUGAAAAACUAUUAUGGGCAGGCACACAAAAAUAUUUUUGUUCAGAAUGUGAAUAUUCAUAGAAGUCAAAGCAAUAGCCAGUUCUCCAAGAUAGGGCAACAAGUGCAUCAUUACAGUCAGAUGGGAUCAGAGUGGAGCCAACAAACAGUGUUGACAAAAAGCAUAAACAUAGAAAGGAUGAAAAUGAAAGCUAAAAUUAAUAAGAAAGUACUGUUAAUCCAAGGCAAUGGCAAUGAACUGCAUGACUAUCCCCCUCACAUUUAUGCUGAUGAAGGAGAACCCAUGAGUGACCCAGAACUAGAUGCCAUUUCCAUUGAUGAACAGGAGUUUGUGUCUGACCAGCUCAAUGACCUGGGCCCAAGAUUUAUUAAUCUUGCUACGAUUUGUAUGUCCAGCCUAAAAACACUGAGGCAAAAUAAUUGAAAAUGAUACUGUCAGGAUCGUUAUCCCUCCUCUCAAGGGUGCUCCAACCCUUUUGGAUUUUCCUUUAUUACAUGCACCUGCCCCUCAUUAAGUCUGUCAUUAUUUAAGCCUGGGGCUCCUGCUAUUCCUGGCUCAGCACUAGGAGAUGGACGCCCGGAAGCCCGCCUACCAGUGUGUUCAGGAGAGACCCGACGGCAUAGGCUUCAUCACGAAAUCCUGACCAUCUGAGACUGGUGCUCGGAGCAUCUGGCCUAGUUAUCAUGUUUUUUAAUUCCCUGUUCCUGUUCCGGAUCCAGUUCCGGAGUUUAGUCUCGUCUGUCUCUGAUGGUUCUCCCGGUUCCUGGAUCCUGGACUGCGCCCGGAUUUCCCCCUUGGACUGUUUGGACUUGUUUGCCUGCGCCACGCCCCCCAAGCACUGGAACACUGCCCCCUUGUCUGUCGACCUAUCCUGAUCCUCUACGUCUUUUCCCUGUCGUCCUUCUCCACUUACUUCCGGAUUAUACCAUCUGCAUAGGGUCCUGAACUACGUUUCACGGGAGCCUGGACUGGCUCCUGUUACAGAUACCAAGCAGACACGUCCUACAGUGGUUGGAGCUGAUCAGAACAGUGUCACAUUUUUGAGAUGAAGAAAAAGAGAACAUCUUUUUUCAGAUAUUAAAUCUCAAUAUUAAACAGAUAUUAGUUGAACACUUUACUGCAAUUGCUUGAGGUUCCCCUGACAUUUAUUUUCAAAUAACACACUUCCCUUCAAACUGUAAUUACUCACUUUUAAGUAAUUUUUUAAUGGAUCAUUAAAAUCUUAAAAGCUUCAACGUUACAUUUUGGACAGUGUUUAAGUACAGGAAUACUGUACUUUAUGGUGAAAUUACAAAAGUAUUUCAAUUUUGAGUGUCUGCAUCUUCUCCCUGUUUUCUUUCAAAUUGAGAAGAACUUCAGAGGAGCUCCGAUUUCUAGUUCUGAAGCACUUACUGUAGCAGAGUUGUCCUAGAAAAGAAGAUGGAAAACACUUCCAAAAUAAUCAAUGGCUUGUCACUUAAUCCCUUUUUCAGGAUGUGGUUGUGCUCUUUAGUAUAUACAGAUAUUUUUGUAAAUGCAGAUAAUGCGGUUCUUAUCUAUAGAUGCAUUCUCAGACUUUGUAUCCUGUGCAAAAUAGAAAGUGAUGGACUAUUUUGUUUUCUACUAUAAUGUGAAUAUUUGUGUUUCUAUGCAUGUGUUUGCAUAUAUUUAAAUUGACUUGAGGGUGGUUUGGUGUUUUGUUAUUAAUUUUUGUAUUGGGUGUUAGGCAUGUCAUGGCAGAUGUUACUUUUUUUUUUUUUGCUCAAGUACAAAUAUAUAUUUUUUAAUAUUCCCCAGAAAUUUGCUGUCCAAAUCUUCUGUGUAGCAUUUUUUAAAUUCUGGUAACACAUUCAUUCUGAUAGCACAACUUGGGAAUUGUAA